AUGUGGUUCCUGACAUUAUCCUGGAAGCCUCCUGAAAAAUUCAGAAAUAUUCCCGUUAAAACUGAUUGCGAAUCAAUGUCUCUCGAUGUCAAAGGUCCACAUUUCCACGUGGAACCACCUACUCGAGUGGAAUUCUCCAACAACAGUGGCACUGAAGUCCGGUGUAGAGCCGACGGAGCACCAACUCCCACAAUCAGUUGGAUAAACAAGGAGGGUACUGUCGCUCGAGAUAUUCCUGGAUUGCGCCAUACUCGGUCAGAUGGCACUUUGGUCUUGCUGCCGUUUCGCAGAUCUGAAUAUCGGCAAGAUGUCCACGACACCGUUUAUCAGUGUUCUGCUGCAAACAAAGGAGGCUCAAUAUUAAGUCGAGAAGUUCACGUCAGAGGAGUGAUAAAACAGGAAUUUGAGCCCCAAGUUUACGACGACUUUGUUGUUCUCGGUAAUACUGCUGUUCUGCGCUGUCAUCUUCCUCUGGUCGUACGAGAAUAUGUGUCGGUUGAUUCUUGGAUUAGAGAUGAUCAGCAAAUACUGAAACGAAAUGAUAUGAAAGGAAAUUCUUAUACAGUAUUAAAUUCAGGAGAGUUACUACUCCAUGCCGUUCAAGAAAAAGAGUCUAAGAGAACUUAUUUGUGCCAAACAAGACACAGGGUAACUGGAGAAAUGGUUCUUAGCGCGAGUUCUGGAAAAGUAGUUGUUUCAGAUUCUCAAAUUUCAACUCUUCCGAAAGUAACCCUUAGCAAUCCUCAAGUCAGAGCUGAAGAAAACAGUUUUGCACAACUGCCUUGUGUUGCUCAAGGAACACCCCCACCUAGUUACAAGUGGAUGAAAGACGUAUCCGGCGUCUUGCGUCCCAUAAAAGAAGAUGGACGAAUAUGGAUUAACCAAGGAGUUCUGAAUAUAAAACACAUACAGUUUUCGGAUGGAGGCAUAUACCAAUGCAUUGUCAGGAACAGUAUAGGAGAAAGACGGAUUGAAAGCGUAUUAAGCGUUACAGCUCGCAUUUCGGUGAGUAUAUGGCCGCAGAGACAAGUCCUAAUCAUCGGGCAAGAGGCGACAUUCAACUGCAACGCCACUGGAUACCCUAUUCACAAUAUGUCGUGGAAGAGAAACCAGAGACCACUAUUGUCAAACAGCAGGGUUCGACUUUUGUCACGUGACGUCAUGCACAUAUCGUCUGUUAGAAGGGAAGACGCUGGGAUGUAUCAAUGUUUCGUCUACAAUGAGAUUGAUGUAGCUCAAGGUACUGCAGAGCUAAUAAUAUCUGAUGUGGCCCCGACUUUGAUUACCGCUUUUACGGAGAAAACUGCAAAACCAGGAGAUACAAUCUCUUUAAAUUGCGUCACUGCCGGUAAUCCACUUCCGCUCCUCACUUGGCACAGAGACGAUGUCCCCCUGCCGCCGGGCCCCCGAAUUACCGCAGCAGAUCGUGUGGACGACUCGGGACACGUGAUUGGCAUCCUCAACAUCAGCGAUGCUCGAGUCGAAGACGGCGGAGAAUAUCGAUGUCAAGGCGAUAACGAUAUUGGGAGUGCUUUCCAUGCGGCACGUCUCAAUAUUUAUGGACCGCCAUUUGUCCGGGCCAUGGGGAAUGUGACUGCAAUUGCUGGCCGGGAUCUCAAGAUCCGCUGCCCCUAUGGUGGAUAUCCCAUUAAGGGGAUUAAAUGGUAUAAAAAUGAUGUCCUUCUAGCUAUGAGUCAAAAGCACAAAAUCAGUCCUAGCGGGACACUAACCAUCUUGAAUGUACAAAGAUCCGCAGAUAAAGGAGAAUACACAUGUAAGGUGAAGAGUCCUGAUGGACAGCUUGCUUAUGGAAAAGUGCAUGUUUCUGUUGUAGUACCACCACUUAUUGAUGGUUAUUAUCUGCGGGAGACAAUAACAGUGGACGAAGAUUCACGAACAAAACUAAUGUGUGUAGUUAUUAAAGGCGAUCCCCCAAUCAGAUUUCACUGGCUAAAGAAUGGACAAACUUUCCUAGCUCAUGGAGAUACCACCGUGCAGACCUUUGAUGACACAUCCAUUGUAACUUUCAACAAGGUGCUCUCCAAUGACAGAGGACGAUACACGUGUGUCGCGACAAAUCCAGCUUCAACGUUUAAUAGAACUAUGCAGCUCAUAGUGAACGUUCCUCCAUCAUGGAUUUUAGAGCCUAAAAACUCUUCUGCUGUGCUUGGUAAUGCUGCAUGGCUGGACUGCUCAGCAAAUGGUUUCCCAACUCCUAGUAUCAUUUGGAAAAAACUCAUUCAUCAAGAUGGCAGUACAGAAGACUUCACGUACGUGCAUUCAAAUGCGCGUGCGCAUCGCUAUAGUAACGGAACGUUGUAUAUAUCUGAUAUUGAAGAAAGCGAUGGAGGCCCUUACCUAUGUCAAGCUAAUAAUGGAAUAGCAGCAGGUCUUAGUAAAGUUAUAUGGCUUCAAGUUUUAGUUCCUCCAAAAUUUGUAGAGCCACAUCAAACGAAAAUUGUAGCUGAGCAUUUCAACGCCACACUGAGGUGCACAGCCAUCGGUCACACGCCGAUUGUUAUAACGUGGCAUAAGAAUAAGUCUUUGAUUGAGAUAAGCAAGCGAGGAAGAUUUUCUAUCAGAGACAUAGCUGAUUCUCAACAAACAAUGUCAGAACUGAGUAUAACUAAAACACAGCGAAACGAUUCAGGAGUCUAUAACUGUCUAGCUGUGAGCGACAUUGGAACUGCUGAGACCUCAAUAGAAUACAUAGUUCAAGGCAAGCCCGAUCCACCAAGUAACGUCAAAGUUGUGAAUGCAACCAGUCGCUCUAUAAGUGUCCAGUGGGAAUUUAGCCACAAUGGAAAUAACCCAAUUAAGAGAAGUAUUGUGCAAUACCAAAACAUAUCCGGUACAACUUGGAGCAAUCAGACCUCCCAAUUGCUUGUUCCCGGAUCGGAAAGGACAGCGACCGUUCCAUCACUUUCACCCAUUACCGUCUACUCCAUUCGCAUCAUAACUGAGAACGCGCUGGGCCGCAGUAGACCUAGUGAAGUUAUUAACGUCACUACAUUGGAGGAAGCUCCAUCCGGUGUACCGCGAGACGUUGCAGCUCAUUCUACUGGAGCACAUUCGAUCAAAGUGUCAUGGAAAGUAUGGCUGAAUAUAUAA